ACUGUCUUCUCCCCCACUCUCUCUUUCUCUCUCUAAAAAGCUUCUUCCCCUCUUCAAUGGCGGUUCUUCAAUCUCCUCUAUUAUUUCUAGGGUUUUUAGUAAUUCUCAUUCAAAUUCCUUCAUCAAAAUCUCUCACAUGUACUUCUCAAUCGUUCACAAACAACAAGCUCUAUCAACACUGUAACGAUCUCCCUCAUCUAAACUCAUAUCUACACUGGACCCACGACGCCACCAAAUCAUCUCUCUCCAUAGCUUUUGUAGUCUCAAAGGAGAAUUCAGACGGAUGGAUUUCCUGGGCUAUAAAUCCGACAGCCACCGGAAUGGUUGGAGCGGAAGCGCUUAUCGCACUCAAAGACAGUAACGGUUCCAUGGUAGUUAAAACGUAUAAGCUAAACUCGUACUCGUCGAUUGUUGAAUCGAAGCUUUCAUUUGACGUGACUGAAGCAGUUUCUGAAUAUUCCAGUGGAGAGAUGAGGAUUUUCGCUACAAUUUCUGGUGUUGAGAAGUUAGGAACGACGUUGAAUCAGGUCUGGCAAGUUGGGUCUUCGGUGGUUAAUGGGUUUCCGGCGAGACAUGAUUUGUUAGCGGCGAAUCUGGAUUCUAAAGGAACUGUUGAUUUGUUGUUAGGACAGAGUAAUAGUUCUACAGGUGGUGCAGAUUCGAGGUUGAGGAGGAAAAAUAUUCAUGGGAUUUUGAAUGCUGUGAGUUGGGGAAUUUUGUUUCCUGUUGGAGCUAUGAUUGCUAGAUAUUUAAGAACAAUGGAAUCUGCAGAUCCGGCAUGGUUUUACUUACAUGCUUUGUGUCAAGUGUCUGCUUAUUGUAUUGGUGUUGCUGGAUGGAUAACUGGGUUGAAGAUUGGUGAUGAAUCUAAAGGAGUGAUCUAUACUUAUCAUAGAAAUAUUGGGAUUGCCCUGUUUUCUCUUGCAACUGUUCAGAUCUUUGCAUUGUUAUUAAGACCAAAGAAGGAUCAUAAAUAUAGGUUAUACUGGAACAUAUAUCAUCAUAGUUUGGGAUAUAGUAUAAUAAUACUGAGUAUCAUCAAUGUGUUCAAGGGUUUGGGAAUAUUGAACCCAGAAAAGCAAUGGAAAACAGGUUACAUAGGUGUGAUUGUGAGUUUGGGUGCUUUGUCUCUUUUGUUGGAAGCUGUGACAUGGAUUGUGGUUAUGAGGAGGAGUAAGUCUGGUCAGUCUACUAAACCUUAUGAUGGGUAUAAUAACAACAAUGGUGGUUCUUGAAUUUUCAAUUUUCAAUCUUGAAUCUUGAUUGAUCUGGGUUUGGAUCAUAUUCAUGUUCUUGUUCUUGUGUGUGUAUACAGAGGUGAGUGAGGAAUCAUAGGUUUGGAGUGUGCUUGAUUUGUAUCUAUUAUGUAGUAGUAAUAGUGGUUUGCAUUAUAUUUUCCUUUUUGGAAGAAAUCUUGGGUUUAGUU